AUGAAUAAUAAUUUCUAAAUAGAUUCUUAGACCUUUAAAUCACUUCAUGAUCCAAUGUCACUAUUGCCACACCCUUGUCUCUUUUUUACUUAGUUAUACAAAUCCAAAGACAAUAAAAUUAUAAAGAAAAAAUUAUUUGAAACUAAAGAAAAAUGGGAAACUUGGAGCAAAAGCAUAACUCAAGAACUACUAAUUUAAAGACAACUAUCCUCCAAAUAUCCAGGAAAGAUUCUUAAAAUCCUAAAUUAUACAGUUGAAACAAUUAACCACGAGAGCCAUCUUUAUAUUAGUUAUGAUUGUGAAGAUGACACAGAACCUUUAUUUUAAUAUUUAAACAAUAACUCUGUGAAUUUCUAAGAAUAAGCUUAAAUAUUUGAAUAACUAUUAUAAAUCACUUGUAUUUUUUACAAGUCUCAAUUCGAACAUACAAAUCUAAAGCCAAAUAAUAUAUUAUAUUAUAAAAAAUAAGUGCUUAUCACAGAUUUUGGAAGUGAAAGAACUCAUUAUUAAAAUUUUCUUAAACCACUUGCAGCAUAAGCAGAAAAAGAAUGGUAGAAUAUAUUAAUAUAUUUUUAUCCUCAAGAUUACUAGAAAAUAAUGUCUGAUGUAGACUUUAAAAAUGAAUCUUGGUUAAAACUUGAAAUCAAUAAUUAAAAAUCUAAAAAAUAUAUUGACAUAUGGGCAUUAUCAAUGAUGAUGAUUUAAGUAUUCCAAAACAAUUAAACAUUACCAAAUAAAUUAACUGAUUAUUAUGGUUUAAAUAAAACAUUACUUUUAGAGAAAAUAGAGAAUCUGAAAUAAUAUUAAAAUGGUAUUUAUUCUAAUGUCAUUUAUGAAUUAUUGAUUGAAUAGAAGGAUCCAGAAUAAGUAUAUUAAAUAUUUCUUGAAUAAAAGUAAUGUCUGAUAUAGACUGAAUUUUAAGAAUAAAUGGAAUAAACUUAUACUAUUAGAGAGAUAGUUGACCUUAUAAAUGAUGAUGAUAAUAAUAAUAAAAUUUCAUCUUUUAAACCUGAAAAAUAAUAACUUACCAAAUUAUCUUUUGAAAAUCUUUUGAAUUAAAUUGAUAAUGAUGCUUCUAAAAUUAAUAAAUCUAAUAAUAGAUCAAAAAGUAAUUAAAAUUUAAUACCUAAUUCAUAAUAACCAACUCUUAAUUAAUUAAAUUUUUCAAGAGAUCAGCCAUAGAAUUUAACUUUUGAAUUUUCUUAAAAUAUUCCUAAUCAGUUUUUAAAUAUUCAAGAUAAUGAUUCAAAUCAAAUUAUAAAGAAACCAAAUAUAGUAGUAACCAAUUUUGGGUUCAAUCAUUAGGAAAUAAAAGGUAUUCAAUUUGAAGAUACUCCAAAUAAGAAUUUGAAUCAAGCUUUAAUUCCAAUUCAGUCUGAAUUGCAAAUAGUAAAUGGUAAUUAAUCUAAUCUAAGUAACCUGGAAUAAGUUAAAGAUAAAUAAGAAAUUGAAUAAAUUAAUAAAGACAAAAAUAAAAAUGAUAUAUAAUUAGGAUACUUACAAAGUAUUUAAUUGAAUAAAAUUGAUGAUAAAUAAUUGGGAGAAGCUCUUAAUAAUUAGUCCCCAAUUUUUUAAAAAGAUGAAACAUAAGCCUUAUUAAUUUAAAAAUCUUAAAAUUUAAAUACUGUAAACGAAAAAGAUAAUAGUGUUAACAAUUUAGUUUCAUUUAAAGAUUCUUAAAAUUUUUAAUUUUUUAAUCCAAUCAAUUCUGAUUUACUAAAUUUAGAAGAUGAAUAGUAGUAGUAAUAAAAAUAAUAAUUGAUUUAAUUUUAAGGACAAAAAGAGAAUUAAAAUUAGGUAAAAUAAAUUAAUAUAUUUGAAAUUGAUGAUUUUGAAAAUGUAGAUUAAUAAGUUCCUAAAGAAAAUCAAGUGUAAAAGAAAAUAAUAAAAUCUGAUCAAAAUGUAGUUAAGCUAUAAGAAAUAGAUGAUUCACAAAAAUAAACCUAAAAUCAAUAACGAAAUUCCAAGUAGACUAACUCAUUAAUAAUUAUUCCUUCAAUAGAAAAAAAUAUUACAUAUAUUGAUGAUCCAAUUAACAAUUAAGGUGGAGUUGUGUCAAGAGUAGAAUAAAAUAGUGUUAAUGUCAAGAAAGCUUAAUUAUAACAGCUUUAACCAUUUUAUGAUUAAAAUAAUGAUGAAAAAAAUAAAAUUUAAAGUAAGAGCAUAAUGCCUGAUAAAAAUUUAGAAGAUGCUGAUUAUUCUUUAUUGAGUGAAAUUUCUUAAAAUGAUAAGGAAUCAUUUUAAGGUAAAAAGAAAAGUAAAGAACAAAGUAUAAUACAUUUUGUUAAUGAUUGUAAUUCAUUUCAACAAAUUAAAUAAUAUGAGGAUCCAGAGGAAAUUAUAAAUUAAGAAUCCAAAGAUGAUACUGUAACUUUGAAAAUAAUUAAAAAUAUAUUAAAUAAAGGUGUUAUAUAAUUGCAAGAUAAAGAUUAAAAAGAGAUUUUGGAAUAAUUAAAAAUCAUUUAAAAGAUAUUAACUCGAUUUGAAUAGAAUCUUAUAGAUACAAUUAAUAUCUGUGAGGAUGAACAAGAUAAGAAGACUUAAAAACAAACUUAAUAAUUUUAUAUUGAAAUUCUGUAACAAAAUCAAAAUGAUAAUCUUUAAUUAAUUGAAAAUGUAAAUGAUGGUAUAGGUUUUAUUUUAAAAAAGUAAGAAGCAGAUAAACUUUUUGAUGAUAAUAAGAUUGAGAAUAAUCAUCUUCUACUUACUUAUCUAAAUGAGAAUUAAUUAUAAUUAUUAAAGGAAAAAAUACAAGGUAAUAAGUUAAUAACUGAUUAAAUAUAAAAAAUAAUAGAUGUAAAAGAUCAUUUUAAAAAGUUAAAACAAAAUCCAAAUUUAUAAAAUCUCUUAAAAAAUUAAUAAUUUGAUUUACUUAAUAAAGAAGAACUUAAAAUUUAUUAACAAUUAUUAUAUUAAUUGCCAAAGGAGAGAAAGCAAGGGGAUAGACUAUUAAAAGAAUAAUCAGCUGUUGAACGUAAACUAAAAGAAAUAAAGAAAUAAGAAGAAGAAGAAUUAAAAAAAUAAAAAUUUAUUGAUUUUUUAAGACAUCCUACUUUUGAUAAAUUGUUACCUAAUGUUUAUUUAAGGAAAUUAAAUAAUGAUGAUAGAAAAAAGUAUAAAGCAGCUCUUAAAGAUCUACAAUUUAAAUCCACAUAAAGAUAAAAAAAUACCAUAUAAGAAUAAAUUGACAUCAUUAAUGAAAUUAAAAAGAAAAAUAAUAGAAAAAAAACAUAAAUUUAUAGAAUAGAUGAAGUUAGUAAUGAAGGUAGUACUAAAUUAUCUUCGAAAAUAAACAAUUAAUUAAAUUUUCAAGAUGCUUUCAUAAAAGCAAUAAAGAAAUAGGUCAAUGAAAUUGAUACUGAACUACUCUCAUUGAAUAAAUACAUAAGAGAAUUCUAAUUAAAUUCAAUUACUUAUUAAAUUACUGAUUUAGUUCCUGGUGAUUGUUAAAAUUAUAAAUUUUAAUUUGAAAAUAGGAAAUUUUAAUUCUAUGAUUUUCAAGGUUCAAAGUAUAAAGGUGAAACCCUUAAUGAUUAUCCAGAUGGAUUUGGAAUUUUGAGAAAGAGAGGAGUUUCAUCUAUUUAUAAGGGUUUUUUUAAGAAAGGUAAAUUUUAUUGGGGAUAAGUCUUAGAGAUGAAUAAUUAAGGAUAGUUGACUUAAUAUGUAGGAUAUUAUAAUUAGGAAUAUGAAGUAAAACAUGGAAAGGCAAGAUUGAAAUGGUAUCAGCCUUAAAAGAUAAGAUUUUGUGGAGGUUAUUAAUUUUAUGAUUAUGAAAUUUAUGAAGGUGAUUUUAUAUUAGGAUAUAUUCAUGGUAAAGGAAAGAAAAUAUAUGCUGACUAAUCUGAAUAUGAAGGACAAUGGAAGAAAAAUAAGAGAUAAGGUUUAGGGAUAUUGACAUUAAAAUAAGGAGGAAAGAAAUCUAUAACUUAUGAGGGUUAAUUUUAAGAUGAUGUUUAGCAUGGUAAGAAUAUUAAAGCCAUUCAUCAUCAUUAAACAGGGCUUGAUUUAAUAGUUGAAGGAGAAUAUUUAAAAGGCAAACCUAUAGGAUAGCACAUUCUUAUCUUUAACUCUGUAGUUUAAAGAGAGAUUAUUUAUUGA